AUGGAGAACUCCGUGAGACACUCAGUGGACAUAAAAUCGGAAGAUUUUGUCGUCCUGAUUUCGCUCCAAAACCUACAGACCUUUAUCAUGAUAGGAUACACAGCCGUGAAUAAAGACCAUCUAAACUUUGACUUCUCCUACGUGUGGGCACUUUGCAUUGGGAGCGGUCUCUUCAUAUAUUCCCUCAUCAGCUUUGUUCUCAUAAGAUCCCUUGUGUUGUCAAAGAUAGACAUAAGCAAAUACGUCCUGCAGUUUCUAUUCAGUUUGAGUAUAAUCGUCACGUGUUCACUGUCAACAAUAAUUGACUCUUUCAAAAUUUCCAACAUGCAGUUGCUCUUUUUUUCGUUCGCUUUAACAGGCUAUGCCUACUACAAUUUGAUGAGCCUCUUCUUCUUUUGCAUCCUGAUAGGACUGACGAUUCAAUAUAAUUUCAGCUUGACUGGGUUCAGUGCGCAUUCCAGUUCUUUCUUCUUCCUCGACAUGCUAUCUUACCUAGUGCAAAUUAUCGGAGGAAACAUCUUAUACGUUCGCAUGUACAAGCUUUGCACUCUAAUCGUCAUUUCGAAGAAGAACCCAUGCAAGUAUGUCGUCGCAUCCAAGGAGGUGAAACAAGUGGAAAAACAAAUUUUCUCAUCCUUAUUCAAUUCUUACAUGUGCAGCAAGUCCAGAACUUAUUCCGAUUUAACAUGCACUAAUAAUCUUUUAAAUAGAAGGAGUCAAUCCGUUCUCGGUAGGGAUACUAACCCUAAGUGCAACCCCCACGUUGGUACUUCCUACCAGGAUAAAGUCAAUCACACGAAGAUGUUACUCCUUCGACGAGGCAAAAGGGACAAACGAAAUCGCAGGGGAGCAGGUCGACUAACAUGUGCAAAACACAGCAACUAUCAUAACAGUCGAAGCCUUGCCAACUCCGCCACCAAGUCUACCUCCAUCUGCAAAACGGACAUUAGAAUAUCCAACACCCUUUCAUUUAAAAAUAAUUUCAACGUGAACUUACCCUCAGAAGCUUCUCAUCCCAUUUGUAAAAAGUGCAUCGCCGAAAAAAACAGCCAUAAGGAUAAUGCAUACAAAAACAAGGGAGAGAAAAAAAAAUCUAAAUCUUGUAUAAAGUCAUCCACUGCAGACAAGUCAAACCGGUUGGACAAUCAUGGGAUGAACUCAACAGGGGUGGCUAAUCCGACGUACUCAGCUACUACCCAGGGGGAGGAUACAAAACCGAGGAGGAACAACUCGUCCAGAGGACACCCCCAAGAUGAUGAAGUGCUCAUCCCAAUAAGGGGAAAUAACACCGAUAAGGAUGCCGUCCCGAUGAACAACUCGAACGCUAGUUGGAUCAAAUCCGCUGCGGUGAUUGACAUGUCUGGAGAGGGGAAGCAGAAAAAGGAGAAACAUCACAAUACGUUUGGGGAACAUCCCGUAGAUACAUCAGCUGAUCUACUAUCGGAAAAGAAACCUUCAAAUGACUCUUACCUCAAGCGAAGUGCUCUCCCUGCAAAUGAACAGCAGGAGUACUAUGUCUGCCCGUGCUCCCAGACCCAUUCCAGCGGAUCAUCCCUCAGUGAUGUGACCUCACAACAGGAGACGAAGCGGAAAAUUAGUGCGCAUAACUUCCCUGAAGGGAGGAACACCAAAAUGGGUAAUCAGCAAAAUCGCCUCAUGAGCAGCAAACGGGGACAUGGUGCAAAGGGUGAAGAACAUGACCUCGCCAGCCACCCCCUUCCAGAUAACUCAAACGAAAAUGACGAUACCUACCACUGCAAUGUGAUGAAGCCUAGUUAUAAUAGAAUAAAAGGUACACACAAUGUGUGUACGCCGAGUGGAGGAAGAAAGGGUGAUAACUCCUCUCGAGCAAUCCGGGGUCAACGGGUUGAAAUUGGCCAAAUUGAGACCAUCCCUCCAGGAAGAAAAGCGAUCCAGGUGUGCCCCGACGGUGCGCCGCUCCCCCGCGGAAGAAGACCCUCUGCGCACAGUAACUGCACGGAUCACUUGGGCGAUGACAGUCGCCAAAGUGAAAGCAAAUUCGAGUCCACGUCAAACGAGGACGCGUCGGACACUCUGGAAAGAACACUGCCUGAAAAGGAUCAAUCGAAUGGGUCAAAACGACCAACGGUGAACGAGGCAGACCUGUCUAACCGAGGAAACCUAUCAAACAGGGCAAUUUUAUCGGACAAAGCCCAUGGGGUCCACCCAAACGACAACAAUGUCGCGGCCACCUGCAAAAAGGAAACAAAUUCUCACAAAAAUCUCCUCUUGCACAAGUCCAAAAGUUCGAUAGACAUGAGCCAGUGGGGCGAAAACGUCACGCACAGACACACCUCGAGAAGCAGCAACAACACCAAGGUGACCACAUUCGCAGACAAGGAGUUACAAAAUGGAAGUAGCAGCCACACGAGCUGUAAAUAUAGCAAGAAAAACACAACAAGGCAACAUGAAAUGUUAGACAAAAUUCUGCAACUGGACAUCAGUAAUCAGGACCAAAAAAAUAAAAAAAAAAACAUAAAAAAAGGCGCAUCGUCAUUAUCAUCGUCGUCAUUGUCGCCAUUAUCAUCCUCCGCGAUAGCAAGGAAAAAAAUAUAUCUUACGAAAAAAAAAAAAUACACUUCAUUUUUUUGGGAAAAUGCAACCAUACAAUAUUUAUUUGUUCACAUUCCACAAUAUUUUAAAAACAUCUUCGAUAUGACGAAGAGAAUAUUUUUCGAUUUAAAAAAAAAAAAAAUGCUCAUGCAGAAUGCAACAUGGAAAAAUAAAAUAUUCAUCCCUGAAAGGGACGCACUAGGCUUAUUCAAAAACGAAAACAUAGAAAGAUGGUACCUGUCCUGGAUGGACGAGUUUAACAGAAAUAUUAUCGCCAAAACUUAUUAUAUAGGCAUCUACCUCAUCAUGUACCUAAUUACCCUAGACCUUGUAACAGCAUACAAAUUGUACUACACCACAACGAGAAGGAACAUAAACGGGGCCUUAAUCACACACUACAAUUACCUCUGCUACUAUCUAUUCAAAUCAAUAGUCAACAUAUUUGUGUAUCUCCUCUACAUACUUUUUGUAACAUUUAAAAUACGCAAGGAGCCCACUUAUAAUAUUAAGCGCUAUUAUCUUGUUACCCUUCUCUUAUGUUUAGCCAAGCUCAUCAUAUCAUCAUCGGACAUUUACGUGGCCAUCACGUCGCUAGAUUACUUCAUCAGCCCCUACUACGUCUACAUAUACAUCCAUAUGCUAAUUGUGCAGACGUCCAUUUUGUUAAUAAUUCGAUACCCUACACAUUAUGUACUGUUUUUUCUGUACGUUAUUUGCUUCACUUCGUUAUACUGGUCUUUCUCCAUUCACAAAAGUUUUAUGGAAUUCAUUUUUAUCAUUGCUUGUGUUUCUUUUACGAUUAUUUAUUCUUAUGUACUUUGCUCCAGGACCGUGGAGAUCAAUCGCCGCAUUUUGUUCUCCAAGUAUGAGUUGCCCUACCUCUUGUACCUCAAGGAGAUUGCCGGUUGCCUGAACAGGCGCCGGUCUAAGGGGGAUGUCUGA